CAUGCGAUGCCAUAUUCUUACUCCAUCUGAAUCUGAAGAGCAAGCUGAAAUAAGCUCUCUGACCCUUUGAAAACCCUAGAGCUCGAAAUCUGCUCUGAAUCGACGAAGCAACCAUGGUAUGCAUAAGGAAGGCUACAGUAGAUGAUCUAUUGGCUAUGCAAGCCUGCAAUUUGUUCUGUCUUCCUGAGAAUUACCAAAUGAAGUAUUAUCUCUACCACAUCCUCUCGUGGCCUCAGCUUCUCUACGUCGCCGAAGAUUACAACGGCAAAAUCGUCGGUUACGUUCUUGCCAAAAUGGAAGAAGAAACCAACGAGUGCCAUGGCCACAUCACCUCCCUCGCCGUCCUUCGAACCCACCGCAAGCUGGGUUUGGCUACCAAGCUCAUGAACGCUGCUCAGAACGCCAUGGAGCAAGUGUUUGGAGCUGAGUAUGUCUCGCUUCACGUCAGGAAAAGCAAUCGGGCGGCCUUUAAUCUGUACACCGAGACUUUGGGGUAUAAGAUUCACGAUGUGGAGGCUAAGUAUUAUGCCGAUGGGGAGGAUGCUUAUGACAUGAGGAAGCAGCUAAAGGGGAAGCAACAGCAUCAUCAUGGCGGUGGUCACCACCACCACCACCACCACCACCACCACCAUCACCACGGUGGUGGCUGUUGUUCCGGUGAGGCAAAGGCGGAGAAGACAGAGAACAGGGGGAAUACCAAGGGAGAUUCGAAAGGAAAUGCUAAAGCGGCGUGAUUAUGAAAGCAAUCAAUGUUCUAGAUAAGUUAAAGAUGUAAUAUUUGUGCGUUGGUUGGUAUUUUCCCCAAUCUUCUGAAGUUACUCAUUUUCCCCAACGAUGAGAGUUGGAAUCAUAGUGGGUGUUAAUCUUUAUCGUCUUGCUGUAAUUGGUCUGGACAAGUUAAACGUAAUAUUUGUGCCUUGGUUGGUGUUUUCCCCAAUUUUCCAAAACUUUCUCGUUU